AUGGAGGCGCGAAACGAGGCACUGAAACGAGGGAUGGUGGCGUUACAGCGGGAUAUAGAGGCACAGAGCAACGCGCUGAAACAGGGGGUAACCGUGUUACAUCGGGAUGUGGAGGCGAACAUGCUGUCGUUUCAACGAGGGGCGGAGUUCUGGCGACGUGUAGUGCACCUGUACGGCAGUUACAAGCUUUGUCAGCUCCAGGUGGCAGUGAGUGGCCAAUCAGAGGAGGAGAUAUCUGCCACGUGGCAGAGGCAGCAUGAGAGGGGAGCCGAGAUGCUCUAUGCUCUCUGCACCGACAUGAAAGGAUUCUUCCUCAAGGCGGGUCAGUUUCUAGCCAAGCCAGACCUCUCCCCACCAGCGUGGGUGUGUCGCCUCUCUGCCCUCCACGACGCUGCUCCUGCCGACCCGCUCCCCCUCGUGCUCCAGACGAUUCAAGAGGAGCUGGGGGGGAUGGGAUGGAGGGAGGUGUGGGAGUGGGUGGAGGAGACACCACUUGGGUCUGCAUCGAUUGCUCAAGUGCACAGAGGGAGGCUGAGAGGAGGCAAGGAGGUUGCUAUCAAGGUGCAACACGCAGGAGCCGAGCCCCUCAUGCUCACAGACCUCGCCAACCUCAAGGCGUUUGCUGCGUUCUUGCAGAGCACAGAGCUGAACCUGGACAUCAUGGGCGCUCUCAACGAGCUGGAGAAGCAGAUCCGGUAUGAGUUUGACUUUCGCAGGGAGGCCGCAGCCAUGGAUACCAUCCGAGCCUCGCUGGCAGGUUCGGCAGCAUCAGGCACGGGAGCAGCAGCUGCAGCAAACAGAAGGCAAAAAAGGGGGAGUCGCUGGAAACCUUUUUCAAGGCCGGCUGCCACUGCUACUGCUUUCGCUGCUCUUUCCGCCCUUGCCGCCACUGCCCCUGCUUCUACCGCUGCUGCUGCCACUGUGGGUGCCAUUGGUUCUGCUGCAGCUGCUGCUGCUGCUGCUGCCGCUACUAGUUCUCCCCCAACUGUUUCUGGUGCAGCCUCCCCGGUGGUGGUGCCUGCAUCUGUCCCAGGGCUUGUGACCAAGCGGCUGCUAGUGAUGGACUUAAUCAACGGCUCUCCAAUUGUGAAGAUGGAGGAAGAGAUGCGAGCCAAGGGACUCAACCCCAACGGCUACCUUGCUACCAGAGCCAAGAGGUCAAUCUUUCGGUCACUCGGGGCAGCUUACGGGCUGAUGAUCUUGCGGGACGGGCAUUUUCAGGCUGACCCCCAUCCAGGAAACCUUCUCAUCUGCCCAGAUAGAAAGGUUGCUUUGUUGGACUACGGUCAGACUAAGCGCCUCCCGGACUCUCUUCGUCUAAACCUGGCGCGAUUGAUGCUAGCAGUGGCUGAUAAAGACAUGCCAAGAGUCGGCUCAUUGUUUCAGGCCUUGGGAAUUCGGACUACCAGGACUGUGUUCGAGGAUCCCAAGAGCUUCCACCGCAUGUCUUCACUCAUGUUUGACACUGCUGUGUCGGAGGGUGUUACGACGUCAAACCCGUUUGCGAGCGAAUCUACCCUGAAGAGGAACGGGAUUGAGAAAUUUCCAGAGGAUCUGUUCUUUGUGGUACGCACCAUGCAGUUGCUUAGAGGGUUGGCCAUGGGCAUGGGGUUGAAUGAGUCCCUUGCGGAGCAAUGGAGGCCAAUUGCACAGCAAGCGCUCAAGGAAGACGGCGGAAUGAAAAUGUUUACAUGA